GCCUGCUCUUAGCAUUCUUUUUCCUGAACUCACUUUGGGUGUUCACAUCCCCAGGUUGUGUCGUGGGGUUAUGUCUAAUUAGAGCAGUUGGCAACCUUUCUUGGACCAGACCAUGAAUAACUAUAUCCUCCUGGAAGAGCAGCUGAUCAAGAAAUCCCAACAAAAAAGAAGGACCUCUCCCUCCAACUUUAAAGUGCGCUUCUUUGUUUUAACCAAAACCAGCCUUGCUUACUUUGAGGAUCGCCAAGGGAAAAAACGAACACUGAAGGGAUCCAUUGAACUUUCCAGAAUCAAAUGUGUUGAAAUUGUGAAAAGUGACAUUAGCAUUCCAUGUCACUAUAAAUACCCCUUCCAGGUUGUUCAUGAUAAUUAUCUCCUCUAUGUCUUUGCUCCUGACCGAGAGAGUCGGCAGAGAUGGGUGCUGGCUCUUAAAAAAGAAACCAGGAACAACAACAGUCUGGUGCCAAAGUAUCACCCCAAUUUCUGGAUGGAUGGGAGGUGGAGAUGCUGCGUCCAGACAGAAAAGCUAGCACCUGGUUGUGCAGAGUAUGAUCCAACCAAGAACGCUUCAAAGAAGCCUCUUCCUCCCACUCCUGAAGAUAACCGGAAACUACUGCCAGAGUCUGAAGAAAACUUAGUCAUUGCUAUGUAUGACUACCUUACCCAGGAUCCCCAGGAACUAAUGCUUCAACGCAAUGAAGAGUACUAUGUGCUUGACAGCUCAGAGAUUCAUUGGUGGAGAGUCCAAGAUAAAAAUGGGCAUGAAGGGUAUGUGCCAAGCAGUUACCUAGUGGAAAAGUCACCAAAUAAUCUGGAAACAUAUGAGUGGUACAAUAAGAACAUCAACCGAAAUAAAGCUGAGAAACUCCUUUUAGAUGAGGGUAAAGAAGGAGCCUUCAUGGUGCGAGAUUCUCGAACUCUAGGGACAUACACGGUCUCGGUUUUCACCAAGGCAUUUGUAAGUGACAGUUGUCCAAGCAUAAAGCACUAUCACAUCAAAGAGACAAAUGACACCCCCAAGCGAUAUUAUGUUGCAGAAAAGUUUGUGUUUGAUUCCAUCCCACAACUCAUCAAAUAUCACCAGCACAAUGGAGGAGGUCUGGUCACACGUUUACGACACCCAGUUUGUUCCUGGAGACAAAAGGCCCCCAUCACAGCUGGGCUGAGAUACGGCAAAUGGAUGAUAAACCCUUCAGAGCUCACUUUUGUGCAAGAGAUUGGCAGUGGACAGUUUGGAUUGGUGCAUCUUGGCUACUGGCUUGAAAAGAAUAAGGUAGCCAUUAAGACUAUUCAAGAAGGGGCAAUGUCAGAAGAGGAAUUCAUAGAAGAGGCGGAAGUCAUGAUGAAGCUCUCUCAUCCCAAAUUGGUUCAACUCUAUGGGGUGUGCCUGGAACAAACUCCCAUCUGUCUAGUAUUUGAGUUCAUGGAACAUGGCUGCUUGUCUGAUUAUCUUCGGAAUCAGCGGGGAAGCUUUACCACAGACACUCUUCUAGGCAUGUGCCAAGAUGUGUGUGAAGGGAUGGCUUAUCUGGAAAAAGCCUUUGUCAUUCACAGAGACCUGGCCGCCCGGAACUGCUUGGUGGGAGAAUCCCAAGUCAUUAAAGUGUCAGAUUUUGGAAUGACAAGGUUUGUCCUUGAUGACCAAUAUACCAGCUCCACUGGCACCAAAUUCCCUGUGAAAUGGGCAUCACCCGAGGUUUUCUCUUUCAAUCGUUACAGCAGCAAGUCUGAUGUCUGGUCAUUUGGAGUGCUGAUGUGGGAGGUCUUCAGUGAGGGCAAGAUACCAUAUGAGAGCCGCAGCAACACAGAGGUGGUUGAAGACAUCAGUGCCGGAUUACGUUUAUACAAACCCAGAUUGGCCUCCCAAGGCAUCUUUAAGAUCAUGAGUCAUUGUUGGAAAGAGAGACCAGAAGACCGGCCAUCCUUCUCCCACCUGCUGUGUCAGCUGAUCGAGAUAGCGGAAUGUGAACUUUAAUUCAGUCAUUGCAAGGCUACGAUUAAUUAUGAACCAGGAAUGGGGAAUGUCGACCUCUCGUUACAAAGCAUUAAAGGCAGCGCCCCCUAGAGGCAGAGGCCAGGGAUCGCUGGACAUUGCAUCCCAACUAGGAGUGGAAUUCUGGCCGAGAGGAGGAGAGUGGCAUGCUGGCGUUGGAGAAUGUGGCAAGGAAGUCGGUCAGAAUGCUCAAUCUGACCCAUCUGAUUUGAGGAUCCUCUAGAGAACCACCGGCUUCCCUCACUUCACCUCUUACGUGGGAGACAGGCCUCAAGACUCCAGGUUUUGAGCUAAAAUCGCCUGGGUUUUCUCUCACCGGGGACUGAGUGAAGGAUGGAACUUUAUUUUAAACACCCACUUUCCCCGCAGGCCAAGGGAAACUUUCAUUUGACUCCACAAUUCAAUACUCUGUGAUGUCCAUGCUUAUCCACACACCAAUUUCUCAGCAGGUCAAGAGUAAGCCCCUUCGGAGGAAAGAGGUUGGCUGCCUGAAUUAGCCAGAUAAAACCUCUCAAAGGAAUUGGUUCUCUGCCACCGUCACCACAAGAAACCAUCAGCUUCCCACUUCCCGUGCUGAUUGGCUCAGAAGCAGGAGGAUGGGUCGUUAAGAGAUGGUAUUGUCCCUACCCAUCAAAGGGGAAUAACAUAAGAGGUGAUGCAAUGUGAGAAAGGGUCCAACGUGCAAGAGAUGUUUGGAAGCAAAACAUGCUUCAUUCCUUUAAAAAUCAAUCCAAAAUAAAACACCACUACUUAUCACUCAGAGCAGGAAGGGGCAGAAGCUGGUCACUUCUUAUAUUCUGUUGCCGAAUUGUACAUUCCAAGCGCUUAGUACAGUGCUCUGCACAUCGUAAGUGCUCAAUAAAUGCUAUUGAAUGAAUGAAUUCUCUUCAGGCCUUUGCCUACUGGUGACCACAUCUCUGUCUCUACUACUUUCCUUUCAAACCCAGUGUUUGGCUAGCCCAUCAAUGUAUAUUUAGUCAUCCUUUGUAUUUGAGGAUAGUAAUAAUGGUGGUAAUUGUUAAGUGCUUACUAGGUGCAAAGCACCGUUCUAAGCGCUGGGGGGGGGGA